CCAACUUAACAUUUUUCGCUCACUGUAAAUUAAAAACAUUUGCAUUUUUCCUUUUUUGAUCUUAAAUGCAGGAAAUCACAGUAGCACCUGUAUUUGCUUCCUCUCUGUAACUCAUCUGUAGGCUCCUUCUUCUUACUCGACCAGUCCUGUCAUUCUCUAAAAGCAGAUACCUUGUUGGUUUGUGGUUGCUUAGAAUCUGUUUUCUUCAAUUUGGUGGUUUGUUUCUUUCACUCAGCUCCUUAUUUUUGCUACAUUGUCAGCAGGAAGAGAUGAAAUAAUGAACGUUGUAUGUGUUAAAAUCCAUUCUUGCAUAAUGAUUCCGUUUUUAGACAUGUUAUCUUAUGUAAUAAGGGAUAAUGUAUAGUGAGUGAUUGAUUAUUAUCCACCCUGAAGGGAUUCUAACAAGCAUAAUCAUUUGCUGGAUUUGAUCUGAAUUGUGUGAUCUGGUUGUCCCCAUUGUUGCUCUUGCUAUUCAGAAUCUAAAACGUUGUUAUGGCGUUUUGACCAAUCAGAUUUGUGUAUUAAACACAGGUGGGUGAUAGGUGAGAAAGCUGAGAAAUAAAAGAAAACAGCUGCUGUUUCUAGUUCCUGUAGCAUAUUUUCAACUUGGAAUAUGAAUCACCUUCACAGAGCCAGGCUCUGAAACUAUCAUUUAUUCUCCACUUGGGAGGGUAAGUAGCCGUUUGGGUAUCAUUGACAAAAAUGACUUAACAUUUCCUUUGUCAGAUUGGUCUCUUUCCCUCUCUCUCUGCUAUUUAUGUAGCCCACAUCAGGUAUGUAUACUUGCUUGUAGGAAAAUACACAACACUCACAGCUGGCCUAAAUAUUUACUCAGCACAUUAACAGAUGAGCUGCAGGCUUCCGUCAUGAAUUCUUCUCCCCAACAUAAAGGGCCUGGGUAGUUGCACUCAAGCACUCUAUCUGAUAACCUACAGUUCAUACUAAUGCCUGGUACAGACUCACAGUGUCUAAAUCUGUCUCAGAUCAAUUGCUAAACUCCAUAUUAUCUUUGUUAAGCAGUGAAACAGGUGUAUUAUUCCAGUUUUGUUACAUUAAGUCAUAAUGAAAGGGAUCAGCCAAAAUCCACGUCAAGGGAAUUUCCAUUAAGGGUUAUAGAUGGUGAAGUGAAAGCUGAGUUAGAGAAGUAAAACUAGCUUCAAUAUGGUUCACAGAGAGACUUGUUACACUGUGAGAAAAACACAGUUGAGUGUGAAAGUAAAAAUAGUAAUUCAGUUUGAAUAAGGUCAGUUUGUCUGGAAAUCGGACCACAGUUUUCUCCUAAAUCACAAUGCAGACAGUUAACUGUCAUACAUGACUCAAAUAGUUUUCUACUGAGAGUAGCAUCUGUAUCCUAUGUGUCGUCACUACUAUCUGGUUCUUCUCCCCACCCCUGUAGGAAACUUUGCACGUGUGCAAAACCAAACCUCCCACCUCUUUCAUGGCUUCUCUUUUUUGCACUUUGUCUCCUAUUUUGCUGACAUUUUAACUGGGGCUGUCAGACAGAGAGCACAGAGUGCAAAGCGGUUUCCUCUGUUGUUAUUGCGUUAUCAGAUCUAGUGCAGUAAAUAUUUCAGAGUGCCAUGUGGGACUGUUGUGGCUUGGCUGCAUGUCAGCAGCUCUGAAGAGUCUCUUCGUGAAGCUCGUCCUCAGACCAUCCCGGACUGACCUCAGCAAGAUCUGAAGCAGCUUUGGGAUGUUUAUGAAAGUCUUCACCCACUGGACAUCUUCCUUUCACGACCAAGACUCCCUUUUUCAUCAAAAAGAACAGGUCAAUUUUCUAACCAGUAAACUGACGGAAAACUGAAAGAACAAUGAACUCAACAGUCACACCUCAAGGGACAACCACAAACUCAACCAAAGCGUGUGUUAAAAUUGGUGACCACGUUGUCAGUGACAUUCUCAUGACUGUUUACAUCCUGGUGUUCAUCUUCGGUUUGAUCAUCAAUGCCAUCACUCUGGGCCCCAUUUGGCAGCAAAUGCGUCGGGGAAACAUCCUGGGAAUCUACCUGCUCUGUCUGUCCUUCUCAGACAUCCUUUUCAUUGUCACCAUGCCCCUUUGGAUCAAUUAUUACUACAAGAACCACCGUUGGGAGCUGGGUGUUCUUUCCUGUAGCGUUGCUGGCUUUUUUUAUUACUCCAACAUGUACAUUAGCACCUACCUGCUCUGCUGUAUCUCUAUAGACCGCUGUUUGGUAGUCACCCUUCCUCUAAAAAGCAAAAUUUACCGUACACCCCGCUGUGCCUGGAUAGCGUGUGGUUGUGUUUAUACAUUGGUUGUUGUGCUUCACAUCUUUGUGCUGUACAAGGACAAACUCGCUGACGCUCAUGAUCACAACCAUGAUCGCUGUUAUGAGACGUACCCCAUGGAGAAACCCAUCGCCUUGUUUAACCUGAUCAGAGUGGGCAUUGGCUUCCUGUUGCCCUUGCUGAUGUUGGCGGUGAGCUACUGGAAGGUGCUAGCCACCGUCGGUCAAAGUCCCGGUCUUAGUGCCCAAGCAAAGAGAAAAGUUCGAAUGCUUUCCUUCGCUGUGAUUGGGAUCUUCUCAAUCUGCUUUGCCCCCUAUCACUUCCUCCUGCUUGUACGUUCGCUAGUCUUUUACAACAGUAAUAACGUAAAAGAACCUGAAGGAAGCUAUUGCCAGUUUGAGCAACAAGCGCACUUUUUUCUCUCGUUUACGCUGGCACUGUCCAGUUUGAACUGUCUGGUAGACCCUGUGCUGUACGUGCUGGUCAGUAACGGAGUCCGGGAGGAUGUGAAAAUGUUUUGGAAGAGACAUACUAGUGCCCAGACUGACGAUACGGCUUUAAGUGCUAACAGCAGAAGAAAGGCUGAUGCUAAUUUAAUCUGAAAAAGUUAACUAUAUGCUAGGAAAAACUAUAUACUGUGUGUGAGUGUGCAUGCAUAUACAUGAUUAUGCAUAGUACUUAAGCAGUUUGAACUCAUAUCUUAUUUUUUGAUGUUAGCAAGUAAGUAGUAGGAUUAUUUACAUCCCGUAAUCAACCUUUUGUGAAUAAGCAAUCAGACAUCCUUUUCUCAUAUCCGGCCCAAUAUGGAAGAGGGGGUUGAAUAACAUGCAUCUCAGUGAUCAGUAAUUGGAUUGUACUCCGAGGUUCUGCUCUCCCAAGGGUGCUUCAGUGGCAGCCACUUCUGGUUUGUGGUUGGACACUGCAGAGGUUGAAGAGCCCUUGUGUUUUCCCUCCAAUCUAUACAAGAAUAUUGUCAUUGUGAUUGCGUGACCCUGGUGAAGCUAAAGGUGCAUUAACUCCAAUGCAUGCCAUGAAAAGUAUUUACAAGCAUGACCGUGUGUCUUCUGUGCCAUUGAAACAUGUUGUAUGUAAAACCAAAUAAACCAGUGUUCAUAUUUAAA